AUGAGGGCUAUCUUCCUCCUACUAAUAGUUUGCCUUGCCUCCACAGACUCUGAUGAGCUUUGGACAUAUGAUCCUCUUGAGCCUUGGGGUGAUUUGUGAGAGGAUCCGUGGCAAAGUCCGAUUAAUAUAAACUCUCCUUAUACUAGGUCUGUAAAUUUAACUGAAGAUGACCUCUCUUUUGCUUAUGAACCAGUUGAAGAUGCUGUUGUCACUCAUUCAGGCAUGAAUUUAAGAAUUAGAGGAGAGUUUGGCCAUGCUACUUUUAAUGGUUUGACUUACUUGGCUACAGAGAUGAUCUUUUAUCGGGAAAGCGAGCAUACUUUUGGAACAUUAGAGAGUAGACUUGAUAUGGAAAUGCAGGUCGUUCAUAGAACAGAGCAUAAUCAAAUCUUGGUUGUUGUGAUGUUUUAUAGGUUGAAUAAUACCAACUCUAUGUUUAUGGAUCAGCUUGAUUUACUUCAGGCCUCAGGUAUGCAUUCUGGAGAUUCCAGGAAUAUGAAGUCAGUUGUCGACUUAAGUUUAAUGCUUAAUGGAGUUCGCCAAAUGGUGUCAUAUGAAGGAAGUCUUAGUCGUCCUCCUUGCACACCAAAUGUAAAUUACUUAGUGAUCACUAAUAUUAAAAGAAUCUCUCAAGCAUUCCUUGAUGCCUUUCCAGAUGACCUUGUUGGAAACUAUAGACAAACUCAGGAUAGAGAAGAUAGAGCAUUGACUUUGAUUAACUAUCGAGGAGGUGUAAGUACAACUUUAAGUCAACCUCCUCCAAUCAGAUCGCAAUCUCCAAGAGCUACUUUCAAUCCUAUAUAUGAUCAUGAUAAGGUUCAAGGCUUUAGACUUAAUCCUGAUACUGAUAUACUAGUUGAUAGGCAUUCUCCAUACCCUAUUGUAGGAGAAAUCAAUGUUCGACUUCCCUUCCCUGAAUUCGUUCCAUUUAGAACUCCUUCAAUGAACAGAAAUGUAGAAAAUGAGGUUGAAACUCAAAAUGAAGAAGUAACUGAAGAUGACUCUGCAGCUGAAGAUGAUGCUACUUCUGUAAAUGGCACAACUGCUGAAGAUGAUUCUUCACCCGAUAUUAAUCCAUCAACUGAAAAUUCUGAAGACUCAACUUCAGAAGAGACUGAAACUCCUACUGAAGCACAAUCAAAUUCCAAUACAUCUCCUCCCUCCACCGAUAGUUCCUCAGCAUCACCUCCUACAGAAGAUCCUGGAACAGAAGACAACGCAGAAGAUGAAGAAGAUCAGGGCUCUAGAAUCCAACAAUCAGUUACCCCUUCCAGAGAUGAUGAAUACAAAAAGAAAUUGAACAGCUUCCAAGAUACAGAUUCUCAGAAUGCAAAUUCUGAGUUGAGCAGCCAAUGGAUAGCUGAUACCUCGUCACAGUCUAUUAUUCAGCAUUAAUUUUCA